UUCAGAUUUAGAUUUAGUGAAAAAUUUCACGCCGUCUGACAGUAUAAUAGCUCCGUACCUCUCCAAGACUUUUCCAUUAGACACCCGCUGCUGCCAACCUAGCCUCUGCGCCCCCAAGUCGUUUCCCCGCGCCAGGCUUCGCAAUCCAACGCCGAGGAUAUGGACUUCGGAACGCCUCCGCCCAUGUGGCAGGAGCCACCGGUGUUCUGUCUCCCAGGUGUUCCUUCCCCACAGACUUCUUGGUCUCUGAAAGCCCACGCGGUCCUGAUCCACGGCAUUGAUGGAACCACGUACCCAGACUUGGGACACUCCGUUUUACUGCCGGCGUUCGUGGGCGAGUCCGAGACACUGCGUUUUAGUUACUCGCCCUCUGAGGUAGCGGGCGCAUCUGCAACGGAAGAGACGAUCUCGCUCGUUGCCACUAAUCUUCUCGAGCUUCUCAGAACCCGAGUUGCCCCAGCCACCACCUUGGCGGGAAAGGACGUAGAUGACUCCUCCCUUUCCAUUAUGUUUUUUGCCUACGACCUCGGCGGCACAAUCGUCAAGGAGGCCUUGACGAGGGCGUCUCUCGACGAGCAAUAUCGGCCAGUCCUCGAAGCGAGCAGUUUAGUUGUGUGUCUUUUACGGAACGCCCCACUCAUCUUGGGCUGGCAACACCCUUCGCAUCCUCCAUUACUGUUUCAGAGGACUGCUUCAGGAGUGGGUUCCUGACUUCUUCGAGCGCAUGACGGCCUACCAGAAGCGGUUAAGCGAUACAUUUGGGAACCUGGCAGCCGCCGCUAGGUUCCGGGUGUUAAACGUUUGCCAGAAGCAGACGGGAUCACCACUUUGUGCUCUGAUCACCC